CCCCCCACCCUUAGUUUUGUAUGUGUGUGCACCAUCCAGUUAUCAGUUUAAUUGUGACAUUUGAAAUAUGAACUCUUCCAGUUCUACCCAAUAUAGGCAGCCAAGAAAUGAUUUUGAUAUUUCUUCUGAACAUUCGUAUUCACAAGCUCAGACAGUGGAACCUAAAGAGAAGAGCAAUGAUAAACAGGAAGAAAACAGAUAUGAGGAUAAAGGGGAAACAGAAGAGACUGAUUUAAAGACAAGGGAUCAAAUUAUGAAAGAAAUUGAUUCAAAUCCAAGCAGGAAUUUUUGGGACGAGGAAUCAAAUCCAACUUGGAGAAAUUGGGAUGGAGAAUUACACCUAACCAGAAGAAAUUGGGACGGAGAAUUAAACCCAACCUGGAGUAAUUUGGACGGAGAAUUAAAUCAAAACAGGAGUAAUUGGGACGGAGAAUUAAACCCAUCCAAGAACAGUUGGGACGUAGAAUUAAACCCAACCAGAAGAAAUUGGGACGGAAAAUUAACUCCAACUAUGAAUGAUUGGGAUGGAGAAUUAAACAUGCCCCGGAGUAAUUGGGACAGAGAAUUAAACCCAACCAAGAAAGGAGAAACAAACUUGGAACUGACACAAGGUUCUCAAUUUAAAUAUAAAGACGGUUUUAAUUUUGUAGAUACUAAAGCUCAGGAUUUUGAACCUGGAGAUGUUUUUACUGGUUCAGAUAGUAGAACUAAAGACCUGGAUAAUAAUACAGGACCCGGAGAAGGUUUUACUGAGAGUAUCACUGGACCUGGAGAAGGGUUUACUGAGAUAAUUACUGGACCUGGAGUGGAGGAAAAUGAUUUAUUGGUUGAUUCAAUUCAUUCCUGGAUGUAUGAACAAGAAAUUUCUAAGCAAGAG